AUGUCUUCUAGAAAGGAUCUUGACAGUAGGCUCCCAAGCCCUGAUAGAACGGUAGAGAUUCGACCAGAAAGGGAAGUAACAGAGCAAAUAUCUCUGCAUUCUGACAACGAGACAGCACCGUCAAAUCACACGGUCACCAACCUCAUCUUGCGCAACCUGUCCGAUGCAAAGGAAGAAGCGACGGUCGUCUACGACAUCGAUGUAGACACGGCCGAGGAGGUUAUCAAAGAGCUCGAUCGCAUUAUAGAAAACAGGUCUCUGAGGCUCUCUUACAAUUCUCGUCUUCAAGUUUUAAAGCUUGUCUUUUUACCUUCACAAAUCCACGAUGGCCACCAGCCCUGGCUACACAACGCCAUCCGAGCUUGGACGCUUGAGGGGCUAUUGCUUCCUCAAGAAGCCGAUGGCCUUGAGGUAUUAGGAUUUGAGUCGUUCGGAGGCCCAUAUAUCUCAUCACGCAAAGAACCUGACCAAUGUGUUAUACCGGAAACUAUGACUAUCCCCACUGUCGUAGUUGAGAGCGGGUGGUCUGAGUCUCGCGCACAAUUGCACAGGGACAGAGAUCUUUGGCUCAUUGGCGGAUUAGGAUCAGUCCAGAUUGUGAUAAUCCUGAAGUGGUCGAAGACGCCACAGAGAUCCAUUAAAGGAGACAUCGAAGUGUUCGACCUCGAUGCUUUUGGGAAUAUCAGAACCUUACAACAGGAGGUCGUCAAUAUUACCAGGGGUCAGCUGUUCGGCUCAGCGCUUCCGGCUGGGCAAAACCCGGAAACGGUUUUCACCCUUUCUUUGAAUGACCUGCGGGAUAUUGCGUAUCGAUGUAUCAGACGCGAAGGAUUUCUUCCGGCCUAAGGGCCUUUUGUUGGGGUGAUGCAUGGAUCGAAUCAGUGACCAGGCCGAGAGUAGAUUCGGGAGACCCUCGGGAGGAUAAUAAUUCAGACAGUCGAAUAUAAGAGAAAUGGAAGAACAGCCCUCAAGCAGAAAGGGACUCUGGAGGCCCCCCUAUACCCUUUAAUGUGAGCGAGGUCGCUGUUUCUUUUUCUCACCCCCCUGUACUUACUUUGCAAC